UAGGGCACACAAGAGUCGUAAAUCACAGCGCAUGAAGUGUCCCUAUAUAGGGAGCAGGGGGCUAUUUGUAGUUUUGCCCUUACUUCCUUCUCAGUGUCCUUGGCUGGAAAGACUAAGCGGGAGCAAGAGAUAAUGUAUAGACACAUCACGGCGAUUCAGCAGCUGUCCCGGCGGACGCUAACCAGCAGCGCUCGCAGGCAGGUGGAGAAUAAAGUGCCCCAGAAGCAAAAGCUGUUUCAGGAGAAUAAUGGCGUACCAGUUCAUCUGAAGGGCGGUGCUGGUGAUGCCAUCCUGUACCGCACGACAAUGGGCCUCACCAUCUUGGGAACUGCCUUUGUAAUAUACGAGCUGGUCAAGGCGGCGCUCCCACAUAAAAAAGACUAAAAACAACUCCUGGAUUUAUUUCUGCCGAGAAGGCCGUGUACAUGUUUGUAAGGAGUUUAAAAGCUGUAUAUUUAUUGAUUUUCAUAAUGGAACCAAUCUACAAAUAUGUAGCUCUGGAUAAUAAAAUCUGCUUCCCAUGA